CAAGAGCUAGCUUUGAGCUGCACUGUCAAAACAAGGCAAGGCGGCCACGCAAAGUAGCUUGAAUUUCUUUCACACAACGUUGUUUUAAACGAAGCAGAGAGGCCUUGGCCUUGCCAGACACCAAAAAGUACAAUAAUUUGACUGGCAGGCAUGUCAUGCACUUGGUGCUCGUUGUUCAUAGCCAUUGCCGUGAUUGUAUUAGCGACUUGUAUUCAGUUUGUUUCCAGUCUGCAGUGCUAUACCUGUGCAGCUGAGGAUACCAAUGAUAAUUGCAACAUCAACGAAGCACCCAUCCUGAAGACAUGCUCAGCCAGGGAAGACCAAUGUCUCACGCAGGUUAUUUAUUCAACUGAGAGAGGCAAGUUGAGGAUUGACAAGUAUUGUGCAUCUCAGGAUGGGUGCGAUGCAGCUACGGAACAACUUGGGAAACGUUACUUCUGCGACAAGUCGCGGGCCGGAUGGGGGUGCGUGGAGUGCUGCGAGACAGACAAAUGCAAUCUGAGUGCAGGCGAUCAAUUGAGGGUAUCAGCAGCAGUAAUUUAUGCGGUUGCCGUGGUUUCCAGAUUAAUAGUGAGAUGCUAGAGGGAUGCUUAAGGCAUGGAGGACAACAAUCAUCUUUGAAUAAUGAUGUUAAGGACUCCAGCAUUACCUCUGAUAUUCUAUUCCAUUGUCUACUGUCUUUCCUAAAUCUACACACAUGUACCUUUACCCAAGAAUACAUGUAAUAGUAUGAUAUGCUUAUAUUCCUGUAAUGUUUAAAGGUAGAAUAGAUCAUUUGUCAUUUGUUUCGUUUGAAGGAACAAAAGUGCUCAAAAUCUAAAGAUGGGUGCUUAACAACUAAGGCCAAAUAACAAAAAAAAACCAUGUGUAGCGUACCCGCCCACUUUCUUUUUGGAGGCCGCUUCCUUCUUUUUUUGGGGGGGGGUGGGAAAUGAUAAAUUUUAA